GAUUGUAACGCCGUUAGGUGGCACUGCAAGAAAAAUGAAAAUGGCAAAAAUCGAGUCUGAGGACUCAAUAAUAAGACGUAACAGACCAGGAACCAAAUCACAGGCAUGGUGUAGCUGGCCUGAUGAAAGUUUUGAAGAAAUGGACAGCACGCUUGCAGUGCAACAAUUUAUACAGCAACUGAUUGCUCGUGAUGCAUCUCGAGUUGAUGAAAUACUCACUCCACCUGAAGGCCAAGAUGAAGGUGUCUGGAAAUACGAGCACCUUAGACAAUUCUGCAUGGAACUCAAUGGCAUUGCAGUUAAACUUCAGACAGAAUGUAACCCUGAGACCUGCACACAAAUGACAGCCACAGAACAGUGGAUCUUCCUCUGUGCAGCACACAAAACACCAAAGGAGUGUCCUGCUAUAGACUAUACCAGGCAUACCUUAGAUGGGGCUGCUUGUCUCCUUAAUAGCAAUAAAUACUUCCCCAGCAGGGUGAGCAUUAAGGAAUCUUCUGUAGCCAAGCUGGGAUCUGUUUGCAGAAGGGUGUACAGAAUAUUCUCACAUGCCUACUUCCACCACAGAGCUCUCUUUGAUGAAUAUGAGAAUGAAACGAGCCUGUGCAAACGAUUUACAGUUUUUGUGACCAAAUAUGAAUUGAUGUCAAAAGACAAUCUUAUCGUGCCAAUUCUCGAGGACCAGCAAUCUUUGCAGACUGAGAGUGAAGCUUGAUGAACAUAUUAUCUCCCUUUUGGGAAACAUAUUUUUAACUCAGUUGCUCCCCUUUGUUUGAGAAAUGCAAAUUUAUAGUUUUCAAUUUUGCAAAUUUUAAGCGAAGAAACCUCUGACCUCCCUUUGAAUGUUAUGAGGAUGAUAUGAUAGUAUAUGAUUUGUACAUAUAUAGAUAUAGUCAUUCUUACCUUUUCAUUAUAUAUUUAUUCAUUACAGAUAUACCGUUCAUAAAAAUAGUUAAAGAAACAACCCUUAAUCUCAAAAGGAACCUUGCUGCAGUAUAUACCGUAGUUUGUUGUUCACAAUUAAUGCAUUCUUUUGAGUUUACUUUCACAGAACCUGGCCGGCCUCCUUUAAAUGAGGCUGGCCUCUUUUUCUUGACUGUUGUGCUACUUGACAACUCGUGAAGAAGUCCAAUGGCAUUCAUCCGUGUUACACAACCACUGUCUGGGCUCGUAACAUUUCAUCUUCAGCGUGUUCAAUUGGUGAGAAUAAAUUUCCCUUAAAAGCCUUUUAAAAAAAAUAUAGCUGGAAGGGGGGUGCAGUGCUCCAGCCAGGAUUUGAAAAGGGCAGGGGCACUUUUGAUGCGUAUUGAAUGAGCCUUAUUGGGGCACUUGCAAGGGCCAAUCUAUACAGUUAUCCAUAUUGUGUAUGUGUUGUAGCUACUUUCAAAACAAAUAGUUUUAUACUAAUAACUAAUACCUGAGCCGUUAUCUUUACUUAAGUGUCAAAAUUAUGUAUACUUAUUAUUUUCAUACUAAUUUCCUAAAAUUGACUAGACAAUAUGUCCAAUACAUUUCAAAUAAAGUUCAUAAUCAUCAAAGGCUGUUCUGUCAGACAAAAUGGCAGCAGGGUGCCAGAGAAGUGUAGCAGGGUGCCAGAAAAGGGCAACUAGGUGCUCCCCCCCAGUUAUUUAGGCCUAACUGGAGCACUGCAAUGUAAACUACAGGGACAAGCCAAGUAGUCGAAUUUUCAAAAUUAAGUCCUGUUUAGAUGCAAACAGCAAUUGCCCAAACGACAAUUAACUAGAGACACAAACAUGUUAUUUAAAUUUAUCUAUAAUCGGUCUCGUCCAAUCAAUAUCUUUAGAACCCUUUGCCCAAUCAUUCACAAAUUUGUUCAGAAUGUGUUUGGGAAUAUUAUCUUGGACAUGUUUGUUAACCAGCCAUAUCGCUUUAGUCACUCAAGAGUUAUUGCCCUUUAGUUAUAGAAAUUACCUAAAAUCAGUCUUGUCCAAUCAAUAACUUCAGAAGCCUUUGUCCAAUCAACAGCAAAUUUGGUUAUAAUGUGUAUAGGCAGAAUAUGUUGUCUUUAGAGUCUUCAAACUUUGUAUGCUCCUUGGUCAAGUUCAGUAGAGGACCCCUAUGGGUUUUGGGGUCAGUAGGUCAAAGGUCAAUGUGAAGGUGACCUUUGGUGCUUCCAAAAGGCAACAUAUCUGAUUUGAGGAAAUCUAGUGGAAACCUAGCUACCUAUUCAAAAUAAAAAGGCUGAUCCAUUAGUAAUCCUUUUAAGAAAAUAAAAUUAUAAUAAAUAACAUCUUAAGUAGCUUGAAAAAGUGCAUUCUUUCAUUUUGAUCACACUUCAUAUAUUUAUAAAAGAAGUUGGUUGCUAACAGAUGCAUUCGCUCAGCCUGAGAAAUCCUAAAAAACAUGUAAUCACUGUAUAUUUAAAUUUUAAUGCAUUUCAUAUGUGUACUGUACUGUGCAUGUACACUAUUUAUGUAAAAAUCUGUCAUUUGUACUACAUGUGCUAUCAUAUAUAGAUUAUUAAAUUAUUACAAGGA